CGACCAUACGUACCAAACACCUGUUCCAGCACUCUUUGCCUUCCAUCUCGCAGACGAACACAGCUGCAAGUCUCGAAGUCCGUCUUUAAUCGGCCUUCGCAAACUCUUUGACACCUCCGACGCGCCCCCUUGUCGAGUAUAUGCAUCACACCCGCAAUCGCAAUUUAACACAGCACACUUCACAACGCUCACACACACAGACAUCGCAAGAAUCUGGACAACAUGGCGCAGUCUACAAUGAUCCUGCUCUCAUCCUCGAUCGUGGCUCCUCAGAUCACCAGCAGCCUUCGCUUGAACCACCUUCAGCCGAGGCACAUCGAGGCGUACAGCAAUUCAACAGAGUUGCUCAGCGUGCCGGCAGACGCCACGCAGCGAGACUUGCACUGCAAGAUGAUCAAAAGGAUGACGAGCCUGCAUUGAAGGGCUUUUAUCCUGACUGCGAUGACGACGAAGCCAUCGCUCGGGCAUUGGCCGAGGCGGAUGACCACCAUUCGAGAUCCCCUAGCGAUCAGGAAGCGACAGCCUCGGAGCUCGAUUCUGAAGAGGCCGACUCGUGUCUCUUGCUGCAGCUUCCGCCUGAGCUGCUGGUCAGGAUUCUCGCGUUCUUGGACCCAAUCAGUCUGGCAACAGCUGCCCGCACGUGUCGUCUGAUCGGUCAUUUGACUCGAGACGACUCGACAUGGCGUUUGGCUUUCGCUCUCGCUUUCGGCCUAGAGAAUAAAGACGUGGUGCCCAGUUUGCGGCGCAUUGAGUCCGGAAGCUGGAAGCUGGAGUAUUUUCGCCGCUCAGAGACUCUUCGCCGCUGGCGCAAAUCGCGUGCACCCACUGUCAUCCACGAUCCGCACAUCGCGACGCUCAGCGGAUUUGCACUUAAUCUGCAGCAUUCGUUCCUUCUCUCGGUAUCGCAGAUUCAUGGAGUUGCCGCUCGAUCCAAUCCAUUUUCGGGCAAGGUUGCCCUUGGCUUCCUGGACGCCCAUGGAGGCAUCGUCAAUCAUACUUCCCACGCGGACGCGCUCAUUAGUGCAGUCGCUCUCGAUGCCGAUGCAGGGCGUGUCAUUUGGGGAUCGGUCACCGGUGGCGUCACUCAAACGACUUUGACGCGACAAGGCAACAAGCCGCACGCCCUCAUUCGCAGUCAUGCCUUUUCGGGCCGUGCAGCGCAUGCUGGCAGUAUUCUAGCAAUUGCGCCAGCUCUUGAUGGCAACAAAGCAGGCUCCCAAGGAAUCGGCAGAGCUCCUGAGCGUCUUCGACAGAAGCAGGAGGCCCUCGGAGAUGCUGCACUGACUUUUGUCACCGCUGGUACUGACGCUACAGUCCGUCUGUGGUGCCCAAGCCGACCUGUGCCCCUGUGGACAGGUCUGGUCAAAGCGCAGCAGCGCGACGACAGCGGCGCAAUUCUACCGCCUUCUCGGGUUCCACCGGCUCCGGUGGUAUGCGUCGACUACGAUGCAUCAGCGGGCGUCGUUGCUGCCGGCACGUCUGAAGGAGAAAUCUGCAUCUGGAAAGACCUCGAUGUCAAAGCACUUCUCGCACUACCAGCCACUGCCCUUGAAGAGCCAGGAGCGAUAGCAACACCGUCGCAGCGAGAGGCGAGGGCGCGCUAUCGAGCCGUGCUCUCUGCCAUUUCUCGGCACGAAUUGCCUAAGCCUGCCAAAUACGACAUGCACGAUCCAGCAGUGGAGUUGGUGGUGCUCGAGCAAGCCCCGAUCCAGAUUUCAGCCUCGGACUCAAGCAAACCAGUCAGCUUGCUAGCACGCUAUGCGAGAGCGCCCUUCUUUUGCAAGCACACGCUUCAUCCUUCGGGCGCCGGACAACAAGCGCGUGUUAUCAGCAGUAUGUUUAGCUCUCCAACAGGCGCGACGAUCACGUCCGUCAGGCCUGAUUUCGACAUGUACGCUUUGAAGGCUCGUCGCCAUGCAACGUCCGCCCAGGGGCAAGUCGUCAAAGAGUCCGAACCCACCCCUGUGCUGGUUCCUUCGAGCUCCCUCGUCCUCGGGCCACCUUCUACUCCGCUUGGCGAGGCAAGUUUCGCGGAGCGAACCUGUGUGUUUGCGGGCACGAUGGACGGAUACGUCUGCGCAUGGGACUGGACCGACGAUGCUACCAGUGCAUCUCUGUGCAGCCCAGUCCGAUCGCUUGAGAUCCGCGCGCACCAUUGCGCCAUCACGGCAAUUGACGUGACAGCACACGCUGUCGUAGUCGGCGCUGCCGACGGGACCAUCAAAGCCUUUUGCCCUCUUUCCGGGGCGCACAUUCGGACAUUUAACGAUCGCACCGCUACACGCCAUCCAGCCCGAGCGCUCAUGGCCGGAGACAUGUCAGUCGAAGAGGCAUCAAAGUACGCGGUCAGUCAAAUCGCAAGUGGACCUGACACCCUGGUGGCCGCCAUUGGUCCCCACGUCCUGGCGUGGCGAGCUGGUCCUCUGAUCAAAGGUAAGCGCGCGUUAGGGUUGACAGGUGAGACAGGCUUGAACAGAUCGUCGGGAAGACCCGCGCGCACCAAGGAGAGCAAAUUCGUGGUUGGUAGAGAUCUUCGCGACGACGUUCAAGAGACUGCCACACGCCUCCAAAACGAGCGAGACUCGGCGCAAGCCGAAUACCAUCGUUUGCGCUUCGUCGCAGGCAGUGCAGAGAACGACCUUGACGAGCAGGACGCUCUGCAGCUAGCUUUGAUGCUCAGUAGAGACGAAGCCGAAGCGGGUAAAUUCCGCGCCGUCGAUGAAGAAGGAGUAGCCGACGGCCCUUCUUCGAGUCGCACACCAGCCCGCGGUGAGACACCUCCGCCAGACGAUAUUGAAGCAGUGUUGCAACAAAUUGCGAUGGCAGAGAGUCAAUGGCAAGCAGAGCAUGAGCACGCUGGGCGCACUACCUCCACGUCCGCCCAAGAAUCAGAACACAAUUCCGCAGGUGUUGGUGACUUGUCCACGUCAGCUUCUCCGUCUCCUUCGCCGUCUCCGCACUCGUUACCGCUGACGUCCCCGUCGCGGGCUUGGGACAUUAUCGCCACGGCAGGCUCUUCCGCUAGUCCGUCUACGCGAGCUAUGAGGAGGACGCCAAAUGCCAAGGUUCAGACUGUGCAGGUCCCUGCAGCCGCUCGACGAGGCUCGCAAAGAAGUCUCGCAGGUGGUAGCCUAAGCGGGAGUUUGACCGGAUCGGCUAAUCUCAGCGCCACAAGCGGACCGUCGACUCCCGCGGGCGUUGCCGAUCCCCCAGAGCUGAACUUGGACAGCUCUGAUGCCUGGCCCCUCGCAACGAGCCCUUCGGGUCCUCAUGCAACGGGGAGCAUCCCGUCUCUCUCGACAUCAGACGUAGCCAGCCCUUCGGCUCACGCAUGGCGGAGAAGCUCGAGCUCCAGUGCUGGACCGACCCUUGCAGCCUCGCAAGUCCCUUCUUCUUCCAGCUCCAGCAAAGGCGGCAUCCACAAUGCCUGGGCCCGUGGCAGCCUUUCGCACCAGGAUUCGUUGUGACAAAGGCGACCUGAAGGGAGCUCUUACUGCUCGCCGUUAGAAAUCACUUUUGAUCCUUGAUGCGAAGCACUCUUCCACAUAGAUUUUUCCGCACGGAGCCGAGGUUCAAAUCCGAGCACAUGCUCUCUUGCUACGCGAACCAAUUGAUUACACGUCUGGCCCUUAGAUCUCUCCACGAAGAAAUACGAAUACAAUGCAUGUGA